GGAGAUCAGGACUAUGCUGCUCCGCUUGCCUUACCUGGAUAUGCAACGGACUUUGGCCGAAGCAUACAACUUGCGUCACGAGAGCAUGGAACGACAGAUAUCCGAGGAUGGGGACCUUUUAUGAUCAGGCCUUUCUUUUCCAUUUGACAUCUCUUACAGACAACAGCAACACCUCCAUCAUUCACAAAGAAACCCCUUUACCCUCAAUAACCGCACACACGAUCCGACUAUUACUACUACCACCACCACCACUACUGCUACUAUUAACUCACGCUCGCACUCACCACACACACACAUUACCACCAGCAAUUGAAACUAACUUAUCAUUCAAUAACCCAUGCAACAUAACGCACCAUCAUUUGGACCAUUUCGUUUUAUCCAGCACCCCCAGCCUCUAUCUCUUACAACAUUUGCAUCUUCUACUUUACUUACUCACACAACACACAUCUCCUCCCCCCCCACUCCUCUCUCAAGACUCACCACACCAUCCCCACCCCUCCCUCUACACAGCCUUUCUUUUUUCUUUCUCUCUCAUGUGGUAUUUUAUGUACUGUGUAUCUCCUCUCUUCCCUUCACUUAUUGUUUUCCGCUUUUCAAAGUAUAAUCCAUCUCUUGUGCAUUCAACCGAUCAUGAGAUAAUGGGGACGGGAGUGUCACUUUAUUUUAUAUCUGAUCUAGCACGAAGCUUUGCAUUGAUUAUACACACACAUAUGACAAUGUAUAACGGGUGCUACAUACAUCAUCCUGGCGUGCGAAUUGGACUCGCUCUCUCUCUCUCUCUUAUUUCUCUCGGUUUCUCACCGUAUACAUUAUGUAUACACUAGAUAGUAUGUAGCCGAUCGCAAAACUGGUAUUUUUUUGCCCAUGUUUGCGCACUAAAACCGUGCUCCUGUUUUGUCUGCCGAUAUAGUCUAGCUCGUAUUGGAGGCAUUGGAGCAUUACAAAAAGAAACAACGCCUCUCUCUCUCUCUCUCCACAAUAGAGCGCUGUUAUUAGCAUACUAACAUUUGUUUGUUAUUAACUCCUUGGUAUCAUGUACUAAUUAUUACUAACUUUUACUACUAGUACUAGGUGGGUAUUAGAAAACAGUCAUCACAAGAUGGGCCACUUGAACAGAAUGAUAAGAGUUGUAUGCAUGUAAGGUUU